GUAUUAGUAUUACUUUUAUUACUAUUCUCUCUGUUCUCUCUGUACUUGUGUAAUUUUCUCCACUCAUUACACUUGAUUGAGCAACAUACCAUUUGAUUGUCUACGGUGCAGUUAAUAUGAACAUAACCGAUUCACCCUCCUUCCCCUUUUUAUAGCUUAUUUAUGUAGUGACGUCAUCUUCAUUGUGGAAGAUUUCACCUUUAAGCCUUUGUGCAGUCAUGCUUCUGGUUGUAAAGGAACAGGGUCGAUAAGAUUAGGUUAAAACAGUCAUUAAACGUAUAAUGUCUGUGCGUCAGGAAGGAAGCGUGAUGACGACACGCGAGGGACCGGUCACGUGACGUGCACCUGUGCCCUGCCCGUUCAUCGCUGUCGCUCCUUUGACGCGCCGCCUAAGGACAUGUUCAAACGCACUUUGUUUACUCUGAAGGUUUGACUUUGCGCUGGUUUCGCUGAGCAAACGCCUUCGCGUCUUUUAACAUUUGCACUCGAGCGGGUUUCGGGGAGGUUUCCUCUGAGUUUGGAGGCGCGCGCGCCGCGCGGACUUGGACCUCGGCGCGGUACCUGUUGUGAACAAGGAAGUGCGGUCCGCGUGAAGCCGUCGCUGGCGCUGGUAAAUGGAUUUCCGCGCCUUGGCUGGCCUGUGUAAACGGUGAUUUACUUCUCCAUGUUGAGCCUGGAACGCUGACCUGAACCCGGACUGUUUGUGGACAGUGAUCGAGUAGACAGUUCCAAUCGUCCCCGGGACAUGGUGAAUGUGUCUUUCGUGGACAUGGAGGCGUCACGCGAUAACGACUCUUUCGUCCGCCUGCCUGCACCGAUCCUCCCAGACACGCCAGGCCUCUCCAACGUGACCAUCAUCCAGACGAGCAACGGCUCCAUCAUAGAAGACCAGAUAUUCCUCAACACCGUCGCUGCCCAGGCGCUCUCCGGCAUAUUUGUGUGGUCGGCGCUGCUCAUAACGUGUCACCAGAUCUACACACAUCUGCGAUCCUACACCGUCCCCAACGAGCAGCGCUACAUCAUCCGCAUCCUGUUUAUCGUGCCAAUUUACGCGUUUGAUUCCUGGCUGAGCCUGCUCUUCAUCAGUAACGACCAGUACUACGUGUACUUUGAUUCUGUGCGAGACUGCUACGAAGCAUUUGUCAUUUACAAUUUCCUGAGCCUGUCCUUUGAGUAUCUGGGAGGAGAGAGCGCAAUCAUGUCAGAGAUCCGAGGCAAGCCCAUACAGUCAAGUUGUUUAUAUGGAACGUGCUGCCUUGUUGGAAUGAGCUACUCCAUCGGCUUCUUAAGGUUCUGCAAACAGGCGACUCUCCAGUUCUGCGUUGUCAAGCCCAUCAUGGCCGUCAUCACCAUCAUUCUGCAGGCCUUUGGCAAAUACCAUGAUGGGGAUUUCAACGUGAAUGGAGGAUACCUGUAUAUCACCAUCAUCUACAACUUCUCAGUGAGUCUGGCCCUCUACGCUCUCUUCCUCUUCUUCUUCGCGACAAGUGACCUGCUCCGGCCGUAUGAGCCCGUGCUCAAGUUCCUCACAAUCAAAUCCGUCAUCUUCUUAUCCUUCUGGCAAGGAAUGGUCCUUGCCAUCCUGGAGCGCUGCGGCGUCAUUCCCAACGCGCUGUUCAUCGACGGGCACGACGUCGGCGCCGGCACCGUGGCCGCAGGCUGGCAGAACUUCAUCAUCUGCAUUGAGAUGUUCUUUGCAGCCAUCGCGCUCCGAUACGCCUUCACCUGCACCGUCUACCAGGAGAAGAAAAAUGAGGUUCCAGAAACCAUUCCACAAAUGCAGAGCAUCUCCAGUGGGCUGAAGGAGACCAUCAACCCAGGCGACAUGGUGCAGGAUGCGAUCCACAACUUCUCCCCAGCUUACCAGCAGUACACCCAGCAGUCCACACAGGAAGUGGUCCAUCCCAGCACCAAUGGAAACAUGUCCACAGGCAACAAGAGCUCCCGCAAGUCUGACAAGAUCAUGCUGAUUACCUCUGAUGAUGAAUUCUAGAUGUUUUCCUGCCACAUUCAGGUGAUGGUUAUCAUUACCAGUGGAAGUGCUGGAGUAGAUCCAGUUUUGUUUUUAUUAUUCCAGUAUUUAUGGAUUGAAUGAAUGAUUUUAACAGCCAACAACAGGAUGGAAACAGCGACCAUACAUAGAAGCUCUCCAGCAUCACCUUCACGUUUCAGAAGUCCGGGGCUGUGUGUUCUCUUUAAAUCAGAUAUUGGAUGUUCGGCGGCGUCUCUGAUCCGGAUUUUGUUUACGUCAUUAUGUCACCGCUCACUCUCUGGACGUCUGAAGUGCGUUCCCCCUGAUUCAUGCCUGUUCCAAAGAGGAGAUGAUUAAUAUGUGACUCCAGGUGGCUGGGAAUGACACUUCAUAGACUGCUUCCCGCAUCUGCUGGUUUGAAGUAUUUGCUGAGCAUUCCUCUGCAUGGCUUCCUGACAAAUGAAAGGAAUCUCUCAAAGACUCAUUCAUUUGGAGCAGACACUUCAAACUGCAGACUAUAGCACUUCACAUUCCUUUGUAUCUACCAUAGCAUGGACAAAUUGGAUAAACCUGUCUCCCACAAAGUGGGAGUUGCAUCUUUCUCAUUAAUUUUCCCAGCAUGCUAAAGAGGUACAGUAAUUCAGCAGACGACCAACAAUGAGUCUUUUUGCAACUUCUGCACAAUGAAAAUCACUUCAGAAAUGAUUUGGGCCCAUUCAGUUUCUGCACACUUUGUGUUCUAGACAAAGUUGUAUUGGCAAAAAUAGCAAUUUGGCCAAAAACCUGAAAUAUGUGGAAUUGGGCAGAUCAUGCUGUUCUUUCUGAGGGAACCCACAAAGUUCAGAACGACCACAUCUUGGACCUGGGCUACCAAUCAUGCAGCAUUAAGGCAAAACUGCAGGUUUAACAAAACCAAAUUUAAAAAUGGGCCUGAAUCAUUUCUGUAAGUCAUUUUUGCAGUGAUCGUCAUUUAAGAUUCCAUGUUCUUGGGAUUUAUGUAAAUAAUCGUAUUGUUGUGAAUUGCAGUGUUUUUGUAUAAAAAAAUAUUUUUAAAUUAUAAAUUGGAAAUUAAUGUUCAGUCUGUGUGAGGAACCAUUUGCUGGGUCCUUCUACUGUAUUGUCAAUUUAUAGAUUAUCACUCUCCUUUUGUCACAGACAUAUACUGACUGUAGCUUUCUAGGUUCGGUACACUAGGUACCAGGACCACUAGGUACCAUUUUGUAUAUAAUGUAUAAGUUGUGGUUUGUUGAACUGUAAUAUCCUCUCGUGCCAAUGACAGCUUUGUGACAGCUGUUUUUCGCAAGCAUUAAUUUACAUUUGGAUACAAAAAUAUAUAAAGUAGUUGGGAUUGA